UUGAAUGAUCCCUUUUUCUUUCUUGUGUGAGUGUUGCGUGCGAGGCGGAAGUGUUGAAGAGAAAUAAUGUUUUUACGAACGUAAUGUACCUAAUGAAUAGUUCAAAUUCCAGAAAUAAUUAGAUAAGCCUAAUUACAUCCAUAUCUAUAUAUAGUGAAAAAGAAUUUGUUAAAUAUGAAGAUUUGGACCUCUGAACAUACAUUUAACCAUCCUUGGGAGACUGUUGCUCAAGCAGCAUGGAGAAAAUAUCCUAAUCCGAUGAACCCAGCCGUCGUCGGGAUCGAUGUCGUUGAUAGAAAAGUCGUGAAUGGAGUUUUGCACACCCAUAGACUCGUCAGUUCGAAGUGGUUUUUUCCUCGCUGGGCGCAAGCACUUAUUGGCACAGCCAAAAUAUGCUAUGCCAGUGAAAAGUCUGAAGUGAACCCAAAUGAACGUCAAAUGACACUGAAAACAACAAAUCUAACAUUUUGUCGAUAUAUUGCAGUAGAUGAAACUGUUAAAUACACUCCAGAUCCUGUUGAUCCUUCAAAAACUCUGCUGACCCAGGAGGCUGUGGUUACUGUUCAAGGAGUGCCACUAAGCAGCUACAUGGAAGAUUUAUUAGCAAAUAAAAUAUCACUAAAUGCAGGCAAAGGGCGCCAAGCGAUUGAAUGGGUUAUAGGUAAACUAGACUCUGAAAUAAAGGAAUUAGCCAAUUCAGCUUGCAAAAGCACAGAUGAGCUUCUAUCACAGACGAAAAAGUCUAUAGAUGAUAUCACAACCACUGCCCGAAGAUCAAUGGACGAUAUAUCAUCUAAAGCUAAACGGUCAUUGGAUGAUAUAGAAAAAUUCAGAAAGGCAAAUGCUAAUCAACGAAGCUGAAAGGAGGAAUAAUGUAAACUCUUGCUAUUAGAGGUGAAAUAAAUUUGUUUACUUGAUUAUUGACUAUUGAACAUAUUGUACUCUUAUGUUAACUAGUCUAUCAUGGCCUGGAGUAUAAAACCAACUAUUGUAUUUUUAUUUUUGGUUAUUACAUAAAAAAAUAUUUGAUAAACAUUAGUUGCAUUAAACCAUUGAUCAAACUAGUAUAUCAAGAUUAGUAUUUACAAGUGAGAAAUGUAUUUAAUUUUUAAAUAGUUAAUUAUUUGUAAUGUACAUAAAUAUGUAUAGCAAGUAUGUUAUUUAAUUAUUUUCUUCUGUAUAGUGAUGUUACAGCAUUAAUCGAAGAAAACAUAGUUUUCUCUAAAGUUGCAUUUCAUGUGUUUUCCUUCUUCCAUGUGGUGUAUAUUGUCACUAAAAUAUAAAAUUGAAUGAAAUGUCAUGUAAUUUGUUUUUGUAUAAAACACAAAAAUGAGUGACUUGUUAAUUUCUCAGAUAUAAUAAUAGUUUUAUCCUUAAAAAUAUAAAAAGUGUUGUAAAGCACAACUUAGCAUACCGUGUAUAACUCUACGAAGUCUUUCAUUGUACCUAACGAAAAUCUCUGACAUCACAUAGAUAUUUCGUUCCAUUGGGAUGAUUUACUUUAAACUAUACCUACAUUGAUACUCUUUUUAACAUGUUUUUAUUUAGUCAUCAAUAUAAUAUAUUAUUUACUAUCGGUAUUAUUGUCUUUGUUAUCAGCAUACAAGACUUAAAAAUUUAAGUCAGCUAAAUCUUUAAAAUACCUACUAAAACUACAGCAGAGAUCUACAGAGCGUACUUUGACUUUGCUCAGACUUAAAAGUUAACACAAGAGAUUUAUGUGAAAGUCAUACAUUUGUCUUGUUUAAGUCAGAGCAAAGUCAAAGUCCGCUCUAUAGACCUCAGGUUGAGAAAUAGCUAUCUUAGUUUUUAAUUGUUUAUUAUUUUAGAGCCUCAAUAGCUCAACCGGUAAAGGAGUGGACUGAAAACCGAAAGGUCGACGGUUCAAACCCCGCCCGUUGCACUAUUGUCGUACCUACUCCUAGCACUAGCCUGACGCUUAGUUGGAGAGGAAAGGGGAAUAUUAGUCAUUUAACAUGGCUAAUAUUCUUUGUUUAAAAAAUAAAAAUAAAAAAAUUGUUAAUUGCCUACCACAUGUACUCUGGGAUUACAUUGCCAAAGUUUGGUUUGUCACCAACAAAUAGAGUAGGUAGGUAUCAUAUAAUAUAAUAUUAUCAGUCAUAAACCAACUUUGAAAUUCAUGGAUAGUAAAAGAAAAUUCACAUGCCUAUAAUUGAACAUUAAAAUUAUUGUGAUUAGUGAAAUAUAAUUUACUUUUCUUUAUUAUCCUGCAUAACGAAAACUUGCUAUAUAUAGCAGAAAAGACUUGGUUCCUUGAGUUGCAUUAUAAAGAGUUUACACUGUAUUAGAAAAAUGUGUGAUGUUUGCAUCAUGUGUAAUAAUAUUAAUGUAAAAAGCCAAUUUCAAUGAUAAAUUUCCAUUUACAUUACUCACAUUCAUUGUAAAGUAUAUUUUCAUUUAAUAAAUUUCUGUUACUGGCUGC